AGAAAAUCACCAAUCAAAAGGGCAGGUGCUCCAACGACCCCUAGGGCUCUAUCUGUACCUGAUUUGGGGGUGUGGUCACAAGCCCCAUCCUGUUCCUCCACUCCCUCAACCCCCACUCCCUGGCUCCACAGUAUAUAAAUCCAGAUCUGCUUGCUUCGGAAUCUGCUCUCAUAGACAGCUCUCUCCCAUUCUCUACAUCUGCUGCCUAUGCUGUGAUCCUCAGCUGCACAUCAUGUCCAUGGCUUGGUCCUCCAGGAUGUCGGCCGGUGGUGGCCUGGGCCUUUCUGGGGGCGGUGGAGCCAGGUUGGGCUUUGGCUUUGGGGGAGUUGGAGGUGGUUUUGGGGGAGGUGGCGGAGGAGGCUUGGGCAUGGGGCUGGGCUUGGGAGGAGGACUGGGUAUGGGGUCUGGGCUGGGGUUGGGUGGGGGAGCAGGGGGUGGACUGGGUUUCGGUGGUGGCUUAGGUGGAGGUGGUGGUGGAGGUUAUGGUGGAGGUGGUUAUGGUGGUGGAGGUUAUGUUGGAGGUGGAGGUUAUGGUGGUGGUGGCGGCGGAGCCCUGAUGGCCAGUCCUGCCUUCGCUAUGGGACGCACCAUGGCAGCGGGGGGGGUCAGUGCUGGGUCGGCAAUGGCAUUGGGUACCUCUCUGGGCCCAGCAUUGGCUCCUAUGCGGUCCCGGCAGGCAGAGAAGAACAUGCUGUCCGGUCUCAACGAACGCUUCUCCUCGUACAUGGGCACAGUGAGAGCCCUCCAGCAGGAGAACGCCACCCUGGAGGCCAGACUGUCCCAGUUGACGGGGGGUGCGGACAUGGGGUCUCCCGAGUCCUCCGGGACCACCACCGCGGAGUACGAGGCUCAGCUCGGCGAGUACCGCGGUGUCCUGGAGACUCUCACCCUGGACACCAUCAAACUGGAGAUCGAGCUGGACAACGUCCGCGGCACCGCCCACGAACUCAAGGCCAAGUUUGACUUUGAGCAAGGAGUGAAGUUUCAGCUAGACUCUGACAUUUCAGCCAUGAAGAAGGACAUAGAUAUGGCAUCUGAAUUACGCAUUGAUUUGGAUGCCAAGUACUCCAGCUUGAAGAACGAACUGGACUUUGUCACCAAGAUGCAGGAGGAGGAAUUAUCCACUCUGCAGUCCAAACUGGGCACCACGGCUAUGGACACGUCUGUGUCCAUGAUCGAGGUUGACACGGGCAAGUCCUUCGACAUCUCCAACGCUCUCAACAAGAUCAGGGUGGAGUACGAGAAGUCGGUGCAGCAACACAGAGACGAGGCGGACGCUUACUACAAACUGAAGAUGGAAGAGAUACAGACAGCUACCGCCAAGAGUUCAGAGGCCGUCUCAGAGGCCAAGAUGGAAAUCUCAGGGGCCCGGAAGGAGCUGCAGGCUCUCAGUCUAGAGCUCCAAAGCCUGGUCACUGCGAACAUGUCCCUGGAGCAGAGCUUGGCGGAAGCCCAUUCCCAGUCUAGCAUGGGUGUGGCCGGGUACCAGGGUCAGAUCUCCAGCUUGACGUCUGCCAUCGAGGUGGCCAAAACGGACCUCCACAAGCAGAUCCUGGCCUACCAGGAGCUUCUGGACGUCAAACUGGCUCUAGACGGGGAGAUCUCCACCUACAGAACUCUGCUGGAAGGAGACCACCUCAAAUUACCUGAGACAUCCAGAUUUACAGCAUCUUCCUACAGUUUCUUAGGCUGGGACGCCCCUCGCUCCAGCACUCCUCAGGGCUCCCCUUUACCUCCUACCCAGGCUAGAUACAAAGGCAAGUUCACACACAUAGAGGGAGCCUCAGGGUAGGAGAAUGGUUGCCUCUCUGAUUUGGAAAACUGCCUGGCCCUUCUGGUCAUAUUAUUUUCAGAACUAUUUUCUCCGAUGACGUCUGUAACACAUUUAGCAAUGGGGAAGUUGCCCAACAGCUUUUUUUUGGGUCACAACAUCUCAUGAGGAAAGAGACGUGAAUAUGGCUAAACAACUGAUCUCCCUCGCUAUCUCUCCCUCGCUAUCUCUCCCUCGCUAUCUCUCCCUCGCUAUCUCUCCCUCGCUAUCUCUUC